GGGAGGGGGAGGGAAGGGCAGAGGGAAGGUAGUGACACGUGUCAAUCAACCCCCCUCCGGGGGGCGCGCGCUCCGGGGCUCGCGCCGAGGGCUCGCGCCCCUGCCUCGUGCCUGCGCUGCUCGUAUGUAAAUGAGGGCGCGUGACGCGGGACGCAGAUGGACAAGGGAAGAGAGAGAAUGGCCGCUGCCGCCGCCGCUGCUGCCGCCGCUGCCGCCGCCGCUCAGUGCCGGAGCCCUCGGUGCGCGGCGGAGAGGAGAGGAUUCCGGCGGGAACUCGACUCUUGGCGCCACCGCCUCAUGCACUGUGUAGGUUUUGAGAGUAUUUUAGAAGGGCUUUAUGGACCACGGCUACGAAGAGACCUCAGUUUAUUUGAAGACUGUGAACCAGAAGAGCUGACUGACUGGUCUAUGGAUGAAAAAUGUUCAUUUUGUAACCUACAGAGAGAAGCAGUCAGUGAUUGUAUACCAUCUCUUGAUUCUUCACAGUCAACACCAACAGAGGAGCUAUCAUCUCAGGGCCAGUCCAACACUGAUAAGAUUGAAUGCCAAGCAGAAAAUUACCUAAAUGCACUCUUUCGAAAGAAAGAUCUUCCUCAGAACUGUGAUCCUAACAUUCCCCUAGUUGCUCAGGAAUUAAUGAAAAAGAUGAUACGUCAAUUUGCGAUUGAGUACAUUUCAAAAAGUGGUAAAACUCAAGAGAAUAGAAAUGGUUCAAUUGGACCAAGUAUAGUAUGUAAAAGUAUCCAAAUGAAUCAAGCAGAAAACUCCCUUCAGGAAGAGCAGGAAGGCCCCUUAGACCUCACUGUGAAUCGAAUGCAAGAACAAAAUACUCAGCAAGGGGAUGGAGUGUUAGAUCUCUCUACAAAGAAAACCAGCAUAAAAUCUGAAGAGUCAUCCAUAUGUGAUCCUUCUUCUGAAAAUUCAGUGGCUGGGAGACUACACAGAAACAGAGAGGAAUAUGUGGAAAGAAGUGCUGAGUUUGCAGAUGGUUUGCUCUCAAAAGCUUUGAAAGACAUUCAGUCUGGAGCACUGGACAUAAAUAAAGCAGGCAUACUUUAUGGCAUACCUCAAAAAACUUUACUUCUUCACUUAGAAGCCUUACCAGCAGGGAAGCCUGCAUCUUUUAAAAACAAAACUCGAGAUUUCCAUGAUAGUUAUUCAUAUAAGGACAGUAAAGAAACUUGUGCAGUGCUGCAAAAAGUAGCCUUGUGGGCAAGAGCUCAAGCAGAGCGCACAGAAAAAAGUAAACUCAAUCUACUUGAAACCUCAGAAUUAAAAUUCCCAACAGCUUCCACUUACCUCCAUCAGCUAACUCUACAGAAAAUGGUUACUCAAUUUAAAGAAAAAAAUGAAAGCCUCCAAUAUGAAACUUCAAAUCCUACUGUACAGUUAAAAAUUCCUCAGCUUCGAGUAAGUUCUGUUUCAAAAUCACAACCUGAUGGUUCUGGUCUGCUGGAUGUUAUGUAUCAAGUUUCCAAAACCUCUUCAGUCCUAGAAGGAUCAGCUCUCCAAAAACUGAAAAAUAUACUGCCUAAACAGAACAAAAUAGAAUGUUCUGGGCCUGUAACUCACUCAAGUGUUGACUCUUACUUUCUACAUGGGGACCUCUCUCCUUUGUGUCUUAAUUCUAAAAAUGGAACAGUUGAUGGAACCUCUGAAAAUACUGAAGAUGGAUUAGAUCGGAAAGAUAGUAAGCAGCCCAGGAAAAAACGUGGCCGCUAUCGGCAAUAUGAUCAUGAAAUAAUGGAAGAAGCUAUUGCAAUGGUAAUGAGUGGAAAAAUGAGUGUUUCCAAAGCACAAGGAAUUUAUGGGGUACCUCACAGCACUUUAGAAUACAAGGUAAAAGAAAGAUCUGGAACACUGAAGACUCCUCCGAAGAAGAAACUACGAUUACCAGACACUGGGUUAUAUAAUAUGACAGAUUCAGGGACUGGCAGCUGCAAAAACAGCAGCAAGCCUGUAUAGAUUACUUGUUAGGAAAAUGUGUGUGUGUGUGUGUGUGUGUGUGUGUGUGUGUGUGUGUGUGUGUUUGCGUGUGUGUAUGUGCACAGGUGUGUAUUCGUGUGUCAAUAUACACACAUGUGGGAAUUACAUAUGCUCACUCUGACAGGAGACAUGAAAUUUUACAGUUCAAAAACCACUUACAUGCCUUUUGAAAAAAAGUUUUAUUCAGGGUUUUCACUGUGGACAGAAUUAUAUAGUUGCUUACUUAAUUCUGAUAGUUUGUAUUUAAUCCUUGUAUAAAUAGGUGAAAAAGAUUCAGGUUUUCUUUAGUAGUCAAUAGCAUAAAGCGUUGUGGGAAAAUGAGUAAUUGUCAAGUGAAACAUUUUUAUUGGUGAAAGACCAUUCCAGCCAUUCAGUUGAACCAUCUUAUAAUGGAAAUAUGAUAUUAAUAGUUUAUAAACAUUCUAUACAACAUACUUACAGUCGUUGUAUGUAUGUCAAACAACCAAUCAAAAUUUAAAUAGACAACUAUCUCCAUACUAAGAAAAAUUAAUAUAUACAGUAUUAGUACAUUACAGUGCAUUCUGUGAAAUACAAAAUGCACUCAAGUGCAUCCACCAGGAAUAGAAAAGAAAACCUUAAAGGAUAUGCAUAAUGAAAUUUAAUAUUUAUCAUUUAAUAGUUGAUUUAGCAAGAAGUUGGGGUUUAUAAGGUAUAUACUUUAAAAAACUGACAAAUAGUUAACCCCAGCAGCUAUAGAACCCUUUAAUAUAAGAUGGAGUACUAAGAACAAAAAAUAAUUUAAAUUUAGUUAUUAAAAUAAUUUAAUUUUGUUUUUCAUUUGAAAAAUAAGCUAAUGUGUAAGAUUAGAAAAGAAAGUUGGAAUGCAACUUAGAGCAUGUUUAUAAUGUGCACAGAAAAAGCUUGAGAAUGAUAAUUUUGGUUUAAAUGUGCUGGUUAGUUGAUGUUAUGACUACUUUAAAUUUUAAGGAUUGUGACACACUCCUAUUGAAAAACCUCAGUGUAACUUUAAUAUAUUUGCUGCUGUGACAUUUCAAAACAUUUUCAGUUUAUCAAAAUGAAUUGCAGAUUUCAUUUUGGUGGGCGAUACAUUAUCAUUUUGCUAAUAACCAAAUUUGCAGUUUGUUCAGGGUCUUGAAUAGAUUUACAAAUAUUUAACACUGAAGCUGUUUUGAACUUUCAGUAAUGUAAACUCUCUACUAAUUGGGUAGUUAGAAGCUGGGCAGUGCAUUUUAACUUUUACUAGACUCAUAAGAGAGACUGUUCAUUUUUACAUAGCAGUUUUAAAAUAUGAGUCAAAGUAUCCUUGUUGGAUUUAUGGAGUAUGCAACUGUAGUGGUAAAAUGUUAUAAAGCAUAUGCCUUCAUAUAAAGAAUGGGGAUUUGCUUUAUGUAUUCAAAAUUCUCUGAGUGCCCCCUUUCUCUGUUAAAAUUCAGGUUCUGAUCAUUUUUCUAAGCCAGUUUUCCUAAGUCCAAAAGGAGUACUUUCAGCUGAAUUUAAAAAAUAAGUGCACCUUGUCAAAUACUUGUGUUUUUACACUUGUGUUUGUGUGUAUUUAAUAAUCGCAUAUAUGUAUAAUACUAAAGAGAUUUUCAGCUAUUACAUUUUAAAACUGCUUACCUGUUUAAAGAAACUGAAGAGUGAGAAACUACACAACCAAGCAGUUAUUUGGUCUCUGAGAUCUAUACUGAACCCUCUUCAGCUAUUAAUGUUACCUGCACACUAGGAUAUGAAUCCUCUUUUCUUUUCACCCCAAGAAAAUAUUCAUAAUAGAUUACAGAACAGCAGAUGUCAGGGUCAUCUUUCUUUUUAAAGAAUUAAGCCAUAUUUUGUGAGGGCCAGAACUUGGAUUAUUUAGUAUAUUUCUCCCUUCCCCCACUGAAAAACAAAGUUAAAGAUAAAAUACAUGUUUCAAAACAAUUUUAUUGACCUCUUUAUACAGAAUUUUACUUGGAAAACUUUGGGGGCUUGAAUGCAUUACGUAAUAUUUAUAUUGUAUUGAGCUUUUUUAUUCCUCACACUAUAUUUACAUUAAUAAAUUGAUUGAGAAGUUUAUAGUAAAGGGAAACUUACAGAACACUUUUGUAUCAUUUAAAAGAUGACCUGACCAAAAACUUUACAGGAUUCAUAAAUCAGGGAUCAUUUUGCUAUUGACUUCACCAUAAUCAGUAGUUUUAUAGGUAAUAUUAUAGUUAAUUUGCAGCAUUUUAGUACUUGUAUUAUUUAUUUUGGGUCAGAAAUAGUAAAUUAAAAUAUUUUUUGAUAGUUUAUAGGUAAUAAUCAACCCAUAACUUAAAAGAAACAAAAUGUUUCUAUUAUUGAGUUAACACUUUGAUUAUACAAACUAGGAAAGGCAGGGAAAUUCCCCUUCUCCCCAGUGAUUCUAUUAAGAUGACCUUUAUGUUAAACAUUCAAAGUACUUUAUGAAUUUAGUUACCAGUUACUAUUUAUUAAUUGACAAUUUUCUGAAAAAUCCAGUUUCAGCAGACUUUUAAUGAAGGUGAAAGCAACCCCUAUGUGCUUUCUACUUAUUUGAAUGUUCCUCAAGUAUUUUAUAUUUAAAAAAAAAAAAAAGGAAAAGAAAAAACAGUGCCUCUGUUUUUAGAAAACUACUGCUCAGUAAAGUUGUUUAAACCAUUUCUGGUAGCUAAUGACAAUUUUAUAUUAAAUUGUAUACUAACUUUAGUGAGACUGAUUUUUUUAGUUGUUUACAGUACAAAUACUUGUAUUUGUUUUUUAAUUGCAGUAUUUCCAUUGUCGCAGUAAUUUAGUAAAACUCUGUGGCUGCCUUGAUUUUGACAGAUUUUGUUAAUAUAAACUGAUUGUUAGGCAAUUAGUUAUAUUUAUGCAUAAAUCAAUUGCACUAUAAUUCAUGAAUUAUUUAUUACAAUAUUUUCUAAUGAAUUCAUGUAUCUGUCUUGUGUUGUAAAUGUACUGUAAUUCUGUUCCUACUUUGUGUUGUUAUAUAUCUAAAUCUGAUUGUAUGAAUUUUAAUUGUUCAGUUAACGUGUUUCUAGGUUGUAAUUUGUAGUAAAGCACUUCAAUGCUUUUGCACUUAAAUUUACAACACUGUUGGUGUGUGAUUGAUUUACUCAUUCAGUAAAAGAAAAAAGAAAAGAAAAAAGAAAAAACUGA